UCAGUCUGUUAGGGGAGGAGGGGAAGGAGGGGGCCGCGCUCGCUGCUGGAUCGCUUAUCUGAGAUCUCAAAGUCCGCCUCGCGUCCGUGCGCUCUCCCCUCUCCGCGGACCUGCCAUGGAUGUUGCUCCUGGAUGUAUAAUCUUUAUGAUCUUCCUUCACUUUCAGCAUGCGGAAUCUCUUUACAUCGCCGACAGUAUAGAUUCCCUGCAGCAUGUCCUGAGGGACUACGGGCUUGUGAAGCCGGUAAGCGUGGAUGCAGACGGACGCUUCCUCUCCCACGCCGUCUCUGCCAGCCGGCUGAGUGGGCAGUGGUCCCACCGGCGCACGAGGAGGCAGGCCAACCAGUAUGGAGAGACCAAUGAGCCCGAGACAAACUCCGAGCAGGACCACCUGGGGCACAAGGAGACACUCUUUUAUAACGUUACUGUUUUCGGACAUGAGCUUCAUCUUCGCCUCAAGCUAAAUUCCAGGCUCGUGGCACCAGGAGCCAAAGUGGAGUGGCUGGAGGACGAUAACCAAACGCACUCUGAACCCUUGUUGCCCAGUGACUGCUUAUAUGUGGGCUAUGUUACUAACAUGAGGGAUACAUCAGUGGCUAUAAGCAAUUGUGAUGGCCUGGCGGGGAUGAUCCGAGCAGGUCAAGAGGAGUUUUUUAUCGAACCACUGGAGAGAGCAGGAGACAUGACAGGAGAAGAAGAAGGCGGAGCCGGGCGACAUCACAUCGUCUACCGUUCCUCUGACAUCAAGAGGCCGCCUGUCAAUCAGCCUGACAACUUUCACCCCAAAGGUUCCUAUAUGGAUGGUCUGGCUGGAAUGAGGUAUUUACCUCCUGAAGUUUUGAAGAAAGUAAAGAGUAACACACGAGCCCGCAGAGAGACGUAUGAAGACGAGAUCUUUAACAUUGAGGUUCUGUUGGGGAUCGACUGCUCGGUGGUGAUGUUUCAUGGCAGAGAGCACAUCCAGAAAUACCUGCUGACCCUCAUGAACAUCGUGAAUGAGAUUUAUCAGGACAGUUCACUGGGUGCUAAUAUCAACGUUGUGCUGGUUAGAAUCAUGAUGCUGUGCUCCUCCAAGUCGAUGGGAUUGAUAGAGCUGGGUAACGCCUCUCAGAGUCUGGAGAACGUCUGCCGCUGGGCAUUUCUACAGCAGAAGGAAGACAAGAAUGAUGCAGAACACCACGAUCAUGCCAUCUUCCUCACCAGACAAGAGUUCGGGCCCACUGGCAUGCAGGGUUACGCUCCAGUGACAGGAAUGUGUCACCCUGUGAGAAGUUGCACUUUGAAUCAUGAGGACGGCUUCUCCUCCGCUUUUGUUGUGGCUCAUGAGACAGGACAUGUUCUGGGGAUGGAGCAUGACGGCCAGGCAAAUGAAUGUGGAGAUGAAGUGCCAAUGGGCAGUAUCAUGGCUCCUCUGGUUCAAGCAGCUUUCCAUCGCUUUCAUUGGUCAAGAUGCAGUCAGCAGGAGCUCAGGAGAUACCUCAAUACAUAUGAUUGUCUGCGUGACGACCCCUUCGAUCAUGAGUGGCCGACUCUACCCCAGCUGCCCGGUCUUCAUUACUCUAUGAAUGAACAGUGUCGAUUUGACUUUGGCAUGGGCUACAUGAUGUGCACUGCGGUGAGCUACAGCACCUACGACCCAUGCCAGCAGCUGUGGUGCAGCCACCCUGAGAACCCUUUCUUCUGCAAGACCAAGAAGGGACCUCCUAUAGAUGGAACCAAGUGCGCUACAGGGAAGCACUGUUUUAAGGGUCACUGUAUCAAGUUGACACCAGACAUUCUCAGGCAGGAUGGCCACUGGGGUCAAUGGACCAAGUUUGGUUCCUGCUCUCGCACCUGUGGCGGAGGGGUUCAGUUUCGCACUCGUGAGUGUAACAACCCAAUACCAGCCAACGGGGGGCGCACUUGUUAUGGAAACACUUAUGAGUUUCAGCUCUGCAGUAAUGAGGAGUGUCCAAAGUCCUUGGCUGACUUCAGAGAGGAGCAGUGCAAGAUUUGGAACCCCCACUUUGAACAUGAGGGAACCAAACAUCAUUGGCUGCCCUACGAACAUCCUGAGCCUGAGGAGAGAUGUCAGCUGUACUGCCAGUCAAAGGAGACCGGAGACGUGGUGUACAUGAAGAGAAUGGUGCAUGACGGCACGCGCUGCUCAUACAAAGACCUGUACAGCGUGUGUGUGCGGGGAGAGUGCGAGAAAGUGGGCUGUGACAUUGUGAUCGCGUCAGAGCUUGAGGAUGAUAAGUGUGGGGUGUGUGGAGGAGACAAUUCGACCUGCAAGAUUGUCAAAGGCAACUUCACCCGCAGCACGAGGAAACCAGGUUUUCUGAAAAUCCUGGAGAUUCCCAGAGGAGCCCGUCACAUUCUAAUUCGCGAAUUCAAGGGAACUCCACACAUUCUAGCGGUGAAGAACCAAGCCACAGAUCAAGUGUUUUUGAACGACGAGGACGACUUUCCUGAGUCACGGACGGUCAUCGAGAAAGGCGUGGCUUGGGAGUACACUAACGACGAUGACAUGGAGUCACUCCAGACGACCGGACCGCUUAAAUAUGGAGUUCUCAUUAUGGUUCAGUCUCAAAGUACUUCUAAAGUCACGCUUUCAUACAAAUACAUACUGCCGGAAGACCCGCUCUCAUCGAUGGAGAACACCCUUCCUCAGGACGACACCGUUUACUUCGAGUGGGCUCUCAAAAAAUGGUCGCACUGUUCCAAGCCGUGCGGUGGAGGGAAGCAGUACACGCGAUUUGGCUGCCGGAGGAAGUCGGAUGGCAAAAUGGUCCAUCGCACUUUUUGCUCCAACAUAACCAAACCUCGCGCCAUCAGCCGGGCCUGCAACCAGAAAGAGUGCUCAGAACCAAUCUGGGUGACGGGUGAAUGGGAGGAGUGCAGUAAAUCAUGCGGUAAGACCGGUACUCAAACUCGACCCGUGCGCUGUGUCAGAGCCGAAAUGGACGGUUCGUUCAAAGCCAUCAAUGCCAAAUACUGUAACGACGAUCGGCCCGAGGGACGACGGUCGUGUAAUCGUCAACUGUGCCCUGCGCAGUGGAGAACAGGACCCUGGUCUCAGUGCUCAGUGACCUGUGGUAAUGGAUCUCAGGAACGCCAGGUGAUGUGCAGCACCCCUGACAACGCCAUCGGCCUCUGCAUGGACACCAAGCCCGAGAACAUCAGAACCUGUCCGCUGUCUCCAUGUCCAAAUGACCGAGGGAACUUCCUAAUCCAGUGGCUCUCCAGAGCAGACCCAGAGUUCCCAGCACCCAAGAUCUCCUCAAGGUUACGCUGCAAAGGAGACAAAUCUGUGUUUUGUCAGAUGGAGGGUCUUAAUAAAUAUUGCUCCAAUCCCAGCUACAGACAGAUGUGCUGCAAGUCCUGCAAAGAAGGAAACUACACCGCUGAAUUCAACGUUACCAGUGCCCGGACCUACACCACUCAUCCACCUCCUAUAACCUCCUUUCCAGCUGACACCACACGGGUGUACAGCACCUCACUGAAGCCCCGAACACCAUGGACGAGACCAAACACCGACCCAACGCUUUGGGAAGACAUUACCACUUUAAGCCCAUUCACCCUCAAGAGAGGAACCACAGUCCCCUUUACCACUGAAGUUAUCACCAAGCAUCCCAGCACGUUCCACUAUGAGGAAGAUACCAGCGUCCCUUUCUUCGAUGAUGAAACAUGGAGCAGAUCUUCAACUGUACGCAUCUGGGAAUCUGAAUCAUUGGAGUACAUAUCAACUACAGAUCCAUGGCCAACCACUUCCAAUCAUGUGGAUGAACCCGACACAACGGUUACAACAACUCCACAGCCCCGAGUUACAAGUCCUCCUGCCAUAAUAAGUCUCCAUAAUUCGGACGACAAGAAGGAAAACAACUCCAUCGAUGUUUCCUACAGCAUUGUCCGUCCAAAUGAGGUCGCACUAAACCACUUUGUUUCCAGAAAGCGAGUGCCGUUCCGUGAGAAAACGCACAAUAAACGAAUCCAAGAGCUCCUUGCGGAGAAGAGGAAGCAAGACUUUCUCCUUCAAAGAAUGAAAAGGAAACCAGGAGACUGAUAAAUAGUUAUUUCUGUUUGCUCAUGCCUGGUGAUCUUGCGGUUUGUUGCGAGUAUGUUUUUACAAGUGGUU